AUGGGCUUCAAUCCUAAAAUUGCUGGCAGAACGAACAACAAAAGGAAUCCAGGCUCAGAAUCCGAAGCAGACGGGGGUUCUCACAAGGAUGGCAACAGCUUAGACGACGUGACCGACCAAGACCGCGGUGACAGUGGUUACGAUUCAGCGGUACAGAGUCCCUCUCCGCUUUCGGAGACUGAUGGUCAAAAGCCACGUCCCCUUGCUGCUGCCGAGCCAGAAGAGAAGGAAGCUGGUGAGGUGUUGAGUAAAACUGAUGAGCUUUCAGAACGCGAAGCCCGUGAAGCGCAGCCAGACGACAUUGCGAACAAAACAGACAACUUUUCAGAGAGAGGAGACACUGCUUAA